AUGAAAACUUCAAAGGCAAAACGGAAGUUGGACCUUGAAGGCAGUGAGCACCAUAAUUUACUGGAAUUUCGAACUCCCAAAGGGAAGGGCAAAAUGCCGGCCAGGGUUCCCAGCCCAAAAACCCCCAAGUCUCCCGGAGAGAAGACAAGGUACGACACUUCGCUUGGGCUCUUGACCAAGAAGUUUGUCCACCUGCUGAGCGAGUCUCCCGAUGGCGUCCUGGAUCUAAAUCGAGCAGCAGAAGUCCUCGAGGUUCAAAAGAGACGGAUUUAUGACAUCACCAAUGUUUUGGAAGGCAUUCAGCUUAUCAGGAAGAAGUCCAAAAACAACAUCCAGUGGAUGGGCCGCAGCCUGUUUGAGGACACAUCGGUCGUGGAGAAGCAGCAGUGCCUCCGGCAGGACCUGUCUGACCUCGUGUGGAAGGAGAGGUCCCUCGAUGACCUGAUCCAGAGCUGCAGUACACAGCUGAAGAUGUUGACAGAUGAUGAAGAGAAUCAACGGCUGGCGUACGUGACGUACCACGACAUUCGCUCCAUCGGCAGUUUCCAGGACCAAACGGUGAUUGCGGUGAAGGCUCCGCCGGAGACGAGACUGGAGGUGCCCAAUGUCCGUGAGGAGAACCUCCAGAUUUACCUCAAGAGCACCAAUGGGCCGAUCGAGGUGUACCUAUGCCCAGAGGAGAUGGUGGAGGAAAAUAGUCCCGUGAAGCACUCCACCCCCAAGAAGGAGGAGAGCGGGAGUGCGGCUUCCUUGCCAGCGACUAAUCCUGGCCCUGCAGCCCCAUCCCAGCAUGAGCCCGACUGUCCGAAAAUCACCUGCAACCGUGAGAUCAAAGAAGAAGUUGCAGAUGACCUGAAGCCGGUGCUGCCGAUCUCCCUGCUGGACGGUGAAGAUGGUGACCUUGGGCUCCCUCACCACCUCCUCCAGCAGACAGAGGAUCAGCUUCCCUCCACCUCCUAUGGCGACGCUCCUUUCGUCAGCUUCUCGCCGCCCCUCGACCAUGGAGACUACCUGUGGAGCCUGGAGGACAGCGAAGGCGUCAGUGACCUCUUCGACUCCUACGACCUUGAUGAUUUGCUGCCCAACUAGCACAGCCCACGUCCCCACCUUCUCCGGAGUGGGCACCAGCCCCGCGUCCUAAAGGGUGUUUCCUCUUGUAGGGGAUGUUAAACAGGAUCAGAGUGACUGUAGAGGAAGAUGCUUUCCCUGAUAGUUAACUCUUAGUUGCUUAAAGGAACAACCUGCAGACCCGUAGCCAAGGCUGCGGCAGUCUCUUGGGAGACGACGUUGAUAACUUGACAUUUUGAUCAGGCGCUGGAGUCCGUGGGGUUCUGUUGUGGUGGGGACAUGCUGAGAGAGCUGGUAAACCAUAUCUUGGGGUCUGUGUGUGUAACCCUGAUACACCUUCAGAUCUGGAGCUGUUUAGUAGACCCUUUCUCACCAUCAGAAUCAGGUUUAGUAUCACUGGCACUGUGAAAUUUGUUGAUUUGCAGCAGUGGUACAACGCAAUACAUAAUAAUAAUAAAAAAAAGUAUAAAUUACAUUAAGAACAAUAUUAAAAAAAAAUAAAUAAGUAGUACAAAAACAAAAGGAAAAAAAUACUGAAGUGGUGUUCAGGGUUUCACUGGAAUGAUCCAGUGGUAGCCACACGUGAAGCUUCGAUACCCUGUGAGAGUAGGCCAGCAGGCAGGCUAGGUUGGAUGUCUCUUCUACUAACGUUCAGCCCCAUCCACACCUGCAGCUACGUUCUUGAUCAGAUUAUCUUGCAGGGCUUUGCGGCCGAUUGCUUCUGACAUGUCUGCUGUCCUGUCAUUGAGAGGGUCACUCUGCCAAUCAGUCUUUUGCUCCCUAGAAUUGCGGCGCAGUUGGGUGAAGUGCGCCUGGGAUCUGCAAGGUUUUUCUUCAAGUGUAGUCGAGAGAUUUUGCCACCUGGGUGGCAGGCCUUGUGAUUGUCUCCUCUGCUAUUCAACCUGAAUUUUCGUUUUGGAGUGCAUAAUUCAUAGACCAGCU